UCCUCCCGCCCUCAGAUCAGUGCUCUGACAGAGAGCGGACAGAGUCGCCCACAAUAACCGGCUCCAGAGCAGCCUCCGGCUUAUCUCAUCUCGUCGGACCGCCCCCGGUGUAUCAUCUACAUCUCACAGACCCAACAGAGAAAGAGAGAGAGAGAGAGAUGCGGCCGUGUUUCACUUUCUUUGCUUCUAAGGAGACGUUUCUCUGGCAUCUUUCCCCCCGGAUCGUUGUAUGUGGACGGCGGGCUGCAGCUGCCUAAUGUUCCGCAGCAGCAGCGGCGGCGGCGGCGGCAGCAAAUGUGUUGAGCAGCUCGGCUACACGUCAGCAUCUUUCCACGCUGAUCACCACCUGAUGCGGAAAUCCCUACAUUCAUGAGAAGGCAACAGGAAGCAGAUUACUGAGGGGAUUAAACACAUGCACAUUUAUUUGUGCACUCACAGGGAGCGUCACAGUCCCGGGAUUUGCCCGCUGUCCAACUGUGGAUCUCACACUGAAUGAACUUGUCUGACUGACUGACUCUGGUGUCAUGGAGGAAGCGUCUCAUUGAUUAUUUCCUUUUUACUGCCUCACCAUCAAAGGCUUUGACUGGUCGAUGAGGAUUACCGAUUUAAAACAAACACAGCCUAGAGAGAGAGAGAGAGAGAGAGAGGAGUGCAGAGCCGACCGUCCGCCUCUUGUCCCAUGAUGCAUAUACACAUGUAAGAGCAGGAUCAGCCACACAGGAGGCUGUUUCUAUGGAUACCCCUGAUCUGGGUAGUAUUACAGUAAUAAGACUCACUAAUAACCUGUCUAUCUCUUGCGCGUGAAGAAAGUACGACAGCAUCAAAGAACAUCUUCGGAGCAGAGAAAGACAUCAUCAUCAUCAUCAUGUGUCAAGAGGAAAAAUGUUGAUGGAAAAAACUGUUAUUGUUGAACAUGUUCUGUGGAUGCUUUAAACCCCUUGUCCGAAACACUUCAAAUGUUGUUACGUGAUCCUCAGCUGGUUCAUUUAAUAAGAAUCUACCCACGCCCACGAAGGACAGGAAGUGGAGGUGAAGAUGAUGCACAAAGACACUACCUAGGCUUGAAGGAAGUACGUUCUUUUUUUAACCUGCCCCAAAUCUGGAUAAAAUAAUCCUACUGGAACUUUUUGCGGUUCCCUAAAACUGCCACCACCUCCCACCGGCUAAAUUGUGGUAGAGAACUAGGGUCUUGUCUAUAUGACAACCGACAUCUAUGUGCACUAUCAAGAGAAAAUCAGGUCUUUAGUUAGGGUUUCUAGGCUCUCCAGAAAGAUGUAACCUCAGUUGCAUCAGACAAUUACAAAGCACAUUUAAUCUAGAUAUUGUGGGGAUCCAUCAAGCUUGAGGUAUCUAUCUCUCAUCUGCCCCGAACACUUUCAGAGUGAGCUACCAUGGCCAGACAGGACACCCCCUUCUUCCUCCAUGGCUUUGACCUUGGUGGUCACUUUGUUGACCCUCGACCUCUUGGCACGGGUGUUACGGGCUUGGUUCUCUCAGCUGUGGACCAGCGCACCGGACAGCGCGUGGCAAUCAAAAAGCUGGUGAUGCGGGACGCUGUGACGGUGAAGCACGCCAUGCGCGAGGUCAAAAUCACCCGCCGGCUGCACCACGAAAAUGUGGUGAGGGUCCAUGAGGUUUUGGCGCCGUAUGGACGACCACUGCCCAGAGACCCGACCCAGCUGAGUGCCCUGUACAUCUUCCAGGAAUGCAUGGAGACAGACCUGGCUCGGCUGCUGGAACAGGGGCCACUAACCACAGGUCACGCCACCCUGCUGUUCUACCAGCUGCUGAGGGGACUGAAGUUCAUCCACUCGGCCAACGUCUUGCACCGAGAUCUGAAGCCUGCCAACAUAUUCAUCAACACAGAUCAACUGCUGCUCAAGAUUGGAGACUUCGGUCUGGCCAGGAUAGUCGACCCUCAUUAUUCUCAUAAGGGCUAUCUGUCCGAGGGUCUGGUGACUAAGUGGUAUUGCUCCCCCCGUCUGCUCCUGUCCCCCAACAACUAUACCAAGGCCAUUGACAUGUGGGCCGCUGGCUGCAUCCUGGCUGAGAUGCUCACCGGACGCAUGCUGUUUGCAGGAGCUCACGAGCUGGAGCAGAUGCAGCUGAUUCUCGAUACAGUGCCGGUGUUGAGAGAAGAGGACAGGCAGGACCUGCUACAGGUGAUGCCUUCAUAUGUCAGUCAUGGAUGGAAAGUCAAGAAAGCCUUUUCUGAAUUGCUUCCUGAAGUGGAUGCUCAGGGUGAGCAGAGGGAAUUGAGUAGUGCUGUGGACUUCCUUGAGCGUAUCUUGACCUUUAACCCCAUGGAUCGGCUGACAGCUGAAGCGGCGCUAUCCCACCCGUUCCUCCAGCAGUACUCCUGUCCGGAGGACGAACCCACCUCAUCGCAUCCCUUCCGCAUCGAGGACGAACUGGAGGACAGCCUCGUCACCGAGCAGAGCCUCAGCAACAGCAACAGCCAGGCCUCCAGCAUCCAUUGGGAGAGGUACGAGAACAGCUUAUCAACAGAUGUGUCCUGGCAGCAGUCAGGCGGGAGGUGCCACUGCAUGCCGCCUGGCCGCAUGACUUCUGACCUGGGAGACACCACAGAGGAUGAGGAGGUGCAGAGAGACCCCCGGGCCAGUUCCACCUCACUGUUAGAGGAGGCACAGGUCGACCCACGUAAGUAUUCCCACAGCAGCUCAGCAGAACGCUUCAUGGAAAACUCUCACUCCUCUCUGGAACGGGCCUGUGGUUUGGCGUACGGGGAACUGGAUUGUGGCCGCUCCUGUGACUACAAAGUGGGCUCUCCUUCGUAUCUGGACAAAAUUGCCUGGAGGGAGGGCAAGCCUCAACACUACUCAGAGCCUAAGCUGAUCCUGGAUCUCUCUCAAUGGAAGCGUAACACUGGCAGCCUCCCUGUGCCUGCUGAGCCUAUUGGUAGCAGCGUGGAGGACCUGGGAGAGAUGAAUGAGAAGGAAAUAGAAGAGGAGGAAGAGGAGGACACAGGGGAUUUAUUCCAGGAGAUCUCUCGCUGGGUUGAGAGCACCCAGUCUCGCCUGCAUUCACCCAGUCCCAGUCCUUCUUUAGAGCCACGUUCUUGCUUCACCUCCUCUCCCCCUCUCCCUCUCUCCCCAACUGACCUCCUAACUCCAGGCUUCCACGACACGGAAGUUGUGCGGCAACCGUCAGAUGAAUAUGAUGAAGACCGACUGAGCCCACUUCAGCCUGUGGUGUCUUCCUGUCAUCCCCUUCCCUCCCUUCUGCCCACAUCUCCCACCUCUCCGCUUCCUCCUCCGUCACCUCAAACAGUGUCUCCCCCCAACUCGCCACUUUUUCCUUCCCCAGAGUCUCAACCCCUUUCCUCGACUUCCUCCAUUUCUCAGGCUGUAAAUGACGACUCCUUGGAGUCACUUCCUGUCAAACAAAAAGAGCGUCUGUUCGACCUGGACGUGUUCAUAUCCCGAGCGCUGAAACUGUGCAGGCAGAAUAAGGGGAAAGCAGAGGGCAAGAGAGGAAAGGAGGGAGGAUGGAGGGAAGAAAGCAAACAGCCGAAUAUUAAUCGAAUGGUUGCCAGGCUUCCAGAGCACAGGACUCCACCACCACAGACUCCCAACUCUUGAUGUUCAACCUAAGGUCCACCACAGUAUGGCGUUCAUAAUGGGUAGCACUUCCAUGUGCUCAUAGUGCAUUAGGGGUUGUCAUGGUUGAAUAUGCUGCUUCAACAUUAGACCGUAGUGUUAGCAGUCUCGGGUUUACUGUGACUAAACCAAGAAUCCGGUAGCUUUGCAAUACAAGGUCAGAAAGCAUUUGGAUUUAAAAUAAUUAACCAUGCUUAGCAUUGCAAAUACCUAGGAUUUGUUCGAAUAUUUAGAAAUACCUUUCUAGUUAAUGGUUGUGGUAUGAAGGGUUUGCGGUCAUUUGGCACGUUGAAGAUGGGUCAGACCGUGACUCGAUAGCUGCUCAUUCUGUGACACAAAUAUCUGACUAUCACAAUAGUUAUAUAAAGGCUAUUUUAGACCAGAUAAUGGUAACUAAUGGUGAGAGAUCACUUGGCUUGUUUUAAGUUUGCGUUAGAUUUGUGUUUCUAAAGUUCCCUUGCUGUCAGUCAGUCAGUAAAUCUUUCUAAAUGUCAGACAGUCUUCCAAUGGUGAUGUUCACUGAAUAGUGAUUAUGACCCGGAAAAAUGCUUUUUCAAAAUUUCUCUGAAUAUGUAAAACGAAAACAAUCAGUACAAUUAUGCGACGUAGUGAACCAUGAGGAUUUUAUAUGUUGCUAUUUUACCAGUCGUGCAGUGACUUAAUGAGCUCCAUCACUGCUACAUGCCUUGUAAACUUGUAUACAAUGUAGUCAUAUUUAAUAAUAUAGUAUAAUUCCCAAAUGAAUAAUGGUAUUGUGUUUAAUUAUUCUUUGCUGAAUGUUAGAAUACAAGUUCUGUUUAUUUGGA